AUGUCUGUGGUGAAAGCUAAGAAACAAGAAAAUCACUGUCAGGAGAAAUCCAUGGAGCAGCUUCAGAAAGAACUUGAAGUAUUCAAACAGGCUCAUGAAUCUGACAUAGACCAUUUUAGUCAUGAAACUGCUCAACUACAGAAGGAACUUGACUCGUCUACAAAGGAAUUACAGGAGAAGUUGACCAAACUGCAACAGUACAAGUCCACAGUUGACAGACUGAAUUCUGACCUACAACAUGCACAUCAGCAACAUCAAGAGGUGGUCCAAGAAGUUUCUCAGUGUGAAGGCAUUAUGCGCAAACAAGAAUCGGAAAUAGCUCAUCUUAAACAGCAGCAGUUCGACUCUGAGAACCAAAUAGCCGCAGCCAAUCAGAAUUGCAAAUCACUUGAAGCUAUGUUGGAUCUUUAUAAGCAAAAGUACCAGACUUGUAUAAACAAGAUCACAGAGCUGGAAAAUUCAAUGCAAAGCCUGGAGGCAGAUUUACAAGAUGCAAAUAGACAGCUUUGCAACCGUGAUGAGACUGUCCACAAGCUUCGGAAUGAUAUGCUCACGGUGCAACACCAGUAUGAAACAAAGUGUAGGCAAAUGGAACAUUGUGAGGACAGUAUUGAUCAGCUGACCCAUCAGUUACAGAUUGCACAAGAAGGUCUAUCUGCAAACAGAGAACAUGUUACCCAGUGUGAGGAGAUUAUUCGUAGCCUCCAAGAGCAAGCCACGCUAUUUUCAUUCCAGGCUACUGAAUGGGAAGAGUCACUUGUAAAACUCCAAACAGAUUUUGCUUCCUACAAAGCCACACACAGCCAUUCUGAUACAGAUUACGAUCUCCAGACUGCUCAACUUGAACAAUUAAAGAAAGAUCUUGCACAAGUCAAUGCUCAGAGUUCUGAGUUUGCACAGGAAAUCCAUAAUUAUCAGGCAAUGAUACACAAGAUGAAUGCACAGUUAACCACUGUUACAGAACAAAAGAAUGAUAGGAUUAAAGAUGUAGCCCGCUUAGAGAAAGUUGUCCAAAGUCUUCAACUUGAUAUAGCCUCUGAGUUGCAAAAACACCAAAAGGAGUCAGCCAAACUGGGACAGCAGAUCAUUCAACUGGAAAAUGACCUACGCAACAGUCGAAAACUAUACAACCAACGAGAGCAGGCAAUACAGAAGAGAGAUGACCUCUUGAGGAAAUCUGAAACAGACCUGCUUCAGGCUCGUGAUAGUAUCAAAGGGAAGGUAACAGAAAUUGAAAAGCAAGGCGCUGUGGUGAAAGGCCUAGAGAUGGAUCUUCAGAGACUGGAAAAAGAAAAGCAGCACAAAGAAAAUGAAAACAUAUCCCUGAAGGCCGAGAUAGAACAGUUGAACCAGGAUCUACAAAACAGCAACAAAAACUGCAGAGAAUUUGCACAGGAGCUGGCACACCAUGAGGAGAAACUUUUACUGAUGGGGAGAAGUCUGCAAACAGCACAGGAUCAGCUCGGUGAUCGUGUCACAGAAAUUGUCCGGCAUGAACAGGCAAAUCGUAAACUACAAUCAGAGCUUAAAAUUCUGAAAGAACGGGAAACUAGCAACAAAGAAGAGAUCAAUGCUUACAGAGUACAGAUUGAAGAACUCAAAGCUGAAAAUGCUCAGAAUAAACAGAGUUACGAAACUGCAGCCACAGAAGGACUCAAGUACCAGCAAUUAAUUUGCAAGAUGGAAAUGGAAGUCAACACCAGCAAAGAGCAGAUUAAAAUGCUACAAGCACAGAUUCACCAAAAAGAAGGUGAGAGCAACAGACUUCGAGAAGAAUUAAAAUUGGAACAAAUGAGACAAGAAGAAUUACAAAAGCAGUCUCAGAAACUGAAAGAACAAGUAGGAGAGCUCAAAAAAGAAACUGAUGAAUUGAAUGCCAAGUUUAAAGAUAAUACCCAGAUGCUGAAGGAGAAGGAGGAUCAUAUUUUAAGUCUGGAAGAUCAUUUAACCCAGUUCCAGAAAAAGCACCAAGCUUUACUUAACGAAUACAGAAACUGUGAAUCAGAGUUACAGGUGGCCCAAACAAAUCUUUCAACAGCUCAGAAACAGAACAAGUAUUAUACUGAAGAGGCAACUCAACAAGAAGAUAAAUUUACCAAGCUUCAGUCAGAGCUGAAUACAGUCCAGGAGCAGGCAAGAAAAACUAACCAUGAACUGAAAUCAGCAGACCAACUCAUCCGUGAACUCAAACGAGAGUUAACAGCUUGUCAUGGUACCCAAAAAGAAAAUAUGGAGCAGCUAAGUCAGAAGAGCCGAGAGAUAGCCAGCCUGAGAAAUGAUGUUGCACGAAGUCAACAGAGAAAUAUGCAGUUAGCAGAGGAAAGUGCAGCAUAUGAGGAAAGGAUGAGAAGACUGCAUGAUGAACUGAAAAAAAUGCAAUCACUGAAUCGACGAGCAGAAGAAGAAGCUCACAUUUGUGAGAAUCGAUUGAUGGAACUAAGUAACCAGAUGAUAAUGUCACAGGGGAAAUCCCAUGAAACCAUGAAGGAACUUACCAGUAAGGAAGAAGAGUUACUGAUAAUGAGGGUAGAACUGGUCUCCCUUCGAGAAAAAUACCACUCUAAAACUGAAGAGCUUCUUAUUCUACCACCUGCCACAAGGAAAAUAGUCGUUGACAAUUCCCAACAUCCAAGUCCGAGCAGGUACCUAGCGACAUUCGCUCCUCUGGGCACUCAGCAACAACUUCUCAAGCUUGAGACCUUACGAAAGUCUCUGCAUGGUGCAAGGUCAGACAGUUCAAGAUUACAUCGAGAAAGUGAACUGGUUGUAGCGAAUGUUAAUCAGUGGGUAAAGGACCAAAAACAAGCCAAUGAAAAACUUGGAAAUAAGAUCAAAGAGCAAACAAAGCAAAUCCUUCAACUAACAGCUGAAAAAGACCAUCUACAGGAAAUGAAUGAACGACUACAGCAUGAGAAUAAGAAAUUAAAAGUUGAAGUGGAUGAGAAGAGAAUAGCAAACGAGAGGCUAAAGGCUUUGCACAGUCAUCCAGGUGAGCAUCCUAAUGUCAUGCGUCAAAUCCGGAGCCCAUUUCAAGAUGAAGAGUAA